AUUUUCCAUUCAAAUAAACCAAACAAAUUCAAAGAUAAUUAAGUUUCAACUAACAGAUUCACAAGACAAAAUGCAGGAAAAGAAUUUAUUAUAUUUAUUUCUAAUCUCUUUCAAUCCAACCAGCAUACUUUCUUUUCCAAAGUGACUGGUGACUGAUUAUACAAUUUAUACUGUUUUGCCUUCUGCUUUGAUCAAUUUUGGUAUUGAUCUUAAAAAAAAAAAAAAUGAAUAGAAAACAUUGAUUUAUCGCACCUAACAGAAUCCCAUGUUUAGUGUCUCCUCAUUAAUUCACCAGUACUAUCUGUGGGGUCUGUCUUUAAAUUUUGUUGUUCCUUCACUUCAAGAUAUGCCCAUGUAGUAAUAACAUACAAAUCAAUUUUGCAUUCUUUUAAGUUUUUGUAAGGCCCGAGAACGAAUUCACCGAUUGAUCAGUGAUUACUAGCGAUUCCGGCUUUAUGCAACCUAGUUCCAGCCUGCAAUCUGAACUGAGGACGGGUAUUUUGGGUGUUUGAGAGAUGAUGUUGCAGUUGAGUUUUGUAGCAGUGGAAUUUUUUGCAAUUCUCUGUGCUUUCACAUUUCAAGAAUCUGCAGGUAUUGGUCUACACUCACUUUCAGAAGCUUCUGUGCUUUUCGGCUUCAAGGACGAAACCCCUGACUUUAGGCUUCAUGAAGCCACGUCUCGUUUAACAUUACUGCAAAGUGAUAUUGAUAUACCACCUACUCCCACCAGUUCUCGACAAAAAAGACAUGGAAUGUUUGCUUCGGCUCCCCAUCUCAAAGCAUUUCACAAUCAGUUGCAUGUAUACCAUCCACUAACCGAAGGCACCAAUCCUCAAAGCUCCAGCAAUGCACAUGCACCCUCGAUAUUAUCUGGCAGCCACCGGGGCAAGAAAUCGAUACAUAUAUCGGCAUUUUCACCAUCUCACAAAUUUCAAAAAAAUCAUCAUACUGGAAGAAAUGUUCACUACUUUGCUCCUGGACCAUAUAAUCAGUCACCAAGUUAUAGCGAGAAAGGCCAUGCCAUAAACCAUUCUCCGCCUCUUUUCCCUCCAUCUGAGGAAUGGAUUUCACCAAGACCUAUGCCCUUGUCAGCAAUUCCCCCAAGUCAUUUUAAUAUGCCCUCGCAUCCGCCUACUAUUUCUCCAAUGAGUUUACCUAUGGAAAAUAUGAAGAAAACUCCACUGCCACUAGCACUUCCGCCUCCUCCGCCAAAUCAAGAAUGUACAACAAUGACCUGCACGGAGCCACUGACAUAUGCACCUCCGGGAGCAACCUGUGGUUGUGUCUGGCCUAUUGAAGUUAGACUGCGCUUCAGUAUUUCUCUGUAUACGUUUUUUCCAUUAGUUCCCAAUCUUACUAAGGAAAUUGCGAACAGUAUCUUACUAGACCAAAGUCAAGUUCGCAUUAUGGGAGCAGAUGCAGCCAACCAUCAACUAGAGAAGUCCACUGUCCUUAUUAACUUGGUACCUCUGGAUACGAAGUUCAGCUCUUCUACUGCAUAUCAAAUCUUCACAAAGUUCUGGAAGAGGGAAGUUUCAAUACGGUCUUCAGUUUUUGGUAUCUACGAGGUGGUAUACGUUCGCUACCCAGGUCUUCCACCAUCUCCUCCUUCGAAGAUUUCCAGCUCUGCUACAAUUGAUGAUCAAAAGAAUUCUGGUAGCACCGAUGAUGGAGGUCCAAUAAAACCUUUAGGGGUAGAUGUACCAAGGACAAGAAAGGAUGGGACUGGCAAAACUAUGGUCAUUGUAAUUGUUCUAUCGGCAGUCACAGCUUUUGUAGUUUGCAUGGGUUGUAUUUGGCUAUUGUUGUUGAAAUGUGGAUGUUGCAGUUGUCUAAAUAAAAAAGGUCCACAAGGUUUAAUGUAUUUGGAGGGAAAAUCAUCAGGCAUAGGUAAAUCUUCGACAUUUAGAAGCAAGCGUAGCUCCGGAUCAAUGUCACUCAGUUCUAGCUUUCUGGCGUGUACUACAACUGCUAAAGUUUUCUGUAUUGAUGAGAUAGAGAGAGCGACCGAUAACUUUAAUGCUUCAAGAAUCCUCGGGGAAGGUGGUUUUGGACUUGUAUAUGGUGGCACUCUUGAUGAUGGAAGAAAGGUGGCGGUGAAGGUUCUCAAGAGAGAUGAUCACCAGGGCAGCCGUGAAUUUUUAGCUGAAGUCGAGAUGCUUAGCCGGUUGCAUCACAGAAACUUGGUCAAAUUAUUAGGUAUCUGUGCGGAGGACAAUUGCAGAUCUCUUAUCUACGAGCUUGUUCCUAAUGGAAGUGUCGAAUCCCAUUUGCAUGGAGUCGAUAAGGAGGUUUCUCCUCUUGAUUGGCGUUCUAGGGUGAAGAUUGCCUUGGGUGCAGCCAGGGGUUUGACCUAUUUGCACGAGGACUCGAGCCCUCGUGUAAUACACAGAGACUUCAAGUCGAGUAACAUAUUGUUAGAACACGACUUUACACCUAAAGUUUCAGAUUUUGGGUUGGCUAGGACGGCAAUGGAAGAGGGAAACAAACAUGUCUCAACCCAUGUCAUGGGAACCUUCGGUUACUUAGCUCCAGAAUACGCGAUGACUGGCCAUCUACUGGUUAAAAGUGACGUAUACAGCUAUGGCGUGGUUCUCCUUGAGCUCCUAACUGGACGAAAGCCUGUGGAUUUGUCACAGCCACCGGGCCAAGAAAAUCUUGUUGCUUGGGCUCGUCCACUCCUUGGUACCAAAGAAGGUUUGGAAAUGAUCAUCGAUCAAGCUUUAAAAUCGAAUGUUCCCUCAGACAGCAUUGCCAAAUUUGCAGCAAUUGCAUCGAUGUGUGUGCAACCAGAAGUAUCUCAUCGUCCUUUUAUGGGUGAAGUUGUUCAAGCAUUGAAGCUCGUGUGCAGUGAGUUUGAUGAAACACAAGAGCCCGUGACAAGAAGUUGCAGCCAAGAGGAUUUCUCUAUUGAUAUAGAAAGUAAGCACAGUAGAAUAUCAAUUGAGCGGGCCGAAGAUUUAGAGACUAGUUAUCCGUUCCCUGCAGUGGAUUCAAUUUUCGAUACAAAGAUAGCAUUAUCAGCAGUAGAUUUAAAAGGUGUAUCAGGCGGACGUGAAGGGCAUGAAUCCGAGUCUUUUAGGAGGCAAUUUAAUUCAGUUCCUUUGAAGAUGGGUCGAAAAAUGCGCUUCUGGCAACGACUAAGAGGACUGUCUCGAGGCAGCAUGAGCGAGCGCGAAUUCUCUUCAAUACAGUAAUUUCAAUGCUCGAAGUCUUGUUGUCCAUUCAGAAUAUAAUUCUCUUGUGAACAGUAUGAAAUCUAAUUUAUACGCUAGAGCUAUAUAUUUUUUGCCAUAUGUGGAGUAGUUAUAGAUGCAGCUUUGAUCUCCUAACUGGCAACAUAAACUUCUUGUAACUAUAAUUGGCUUAAGACAUCAUGGUACUGAUGUUUAAAUUCUGUUAGUGUCGGUUCCAUCUCA